UUGAUCGCCCUUCUCGCGGCGCUGCCUGUGCUGCAGGCGUUCCAACUGCCGUCCUCUCUCCUCUCCCCUCGUCUUCGUCCCUUCCCCUCCUCCUCCCCUCCUCUCUCUCGCGUCACCCCGCGGAGCAUGACGCCGCUGGUGAUGAGCGCGCAGUUCGACCGCCGAACGUUUGGCAAGGUGGCAGGAGGAGCAGCGGCACUUGUCCUUGGCAAGAAAGUGCUCGAUGGCGGGGACUACACGGGGACGCCAGACCUAACGGGUCAGGUGGCCGUCGUGACGGGAGCCAACACGGGGCUGGGCAAGGAGACCUGCAUCAGGCUUGCGAAGCUCGGAGCGGAGGUCGUGCUGGCGAGCAGGAGCAAGGAGCGAGGAGAGAAGGCUGAGAAGGAGAUCAGAGCAUUGACUGGCAGCGACAAGCUCUCUACCAUGGAGCUCGACCUGGCGUCUUUGAAGAGCAUCGAGCUGUUCGCCUCAGAGCUCAGGAGCAGGCACGACAAGAUUGAUCUGCUGGUGAACAAUGCAGGAGUGAUGGCGAUCCCGACGCGCGAGGAGACCAAGGACGGGCUGGAGAGGCAGAUCGGGAUCAACCACUUCGGCCACUUCCACCUUACAAACCUCCUCCUCCCUCAGAUCAAGAAGGCCUCAGAAAAAUCCGGAGAUGCUCGCAUCAUCAACCUCUCCUCCGACGCCCACCUCAUCGCCUUCAACGGGAUGAACUUUGACGACUUGCAGUCCAAGAGCAGCUACGAUCCCUGGAAGGCCUACGGACAGUCGAAGCUCGCCAACAUCCUCUUCACCAAGGAGCUGCAGAGGAGGCUCGGGGCUGACUCUCCUGUCUCCGCCGCUGCCGUGCACCCUGGCGUUGUGCGCACAGAGCUGGGGAGAAACUUCUUCCUUCCACCCGAGCUCUGCAGCUCUCUUGGCUCUGUGGACUGCAAAGGACAACUUCCUCCUGCUGCCCUCGUUGCCGGUGCCGUCUUGCUCCCGUUGGCCGUGUACACGAGCAGAGACCCAGCUCAGGGAGCACAGACGCAGGUUCGCUGUUCGGUAGACCCCGAGCUGAAGGGAAAGCUGGGAGGCAGAUACUUCCGCGACUGCCAUGAGGCUGCUCCUUCGCCGGCUGCUCAGGACGCAUCCGCUGCCCUCAAGCUCUGGGAAAUCAGCGAGGAACUGACAGGGAGCAAGUUCAACGUCUGAGCUGAACCAGAUGAGAGUGUGACUUCUGUCGGUUUGUCAACGAUUCGUCAGUAAAGACCACUCUACACUG